AUGGCAACUAUACAUGAGGAUCCUAUCAUAAACGAGAUACAUCAUAGAGUUAAUGCCCACAAUGUGGACACUGCUGCAAAAAACAGAAAAUUCUCCAUUCUGAGGCCUGUUUCUGAAAUCCCUGCUCAGUUCAGACAUAUUUUCAAAGAAUUUCCUUAUUUUAACUACAUACAGUCUAAAGCUUUGGAUGAUCUUCUUUACACAGAUAAAAAUUUUGUAAUUAGUGCACCCACUGGUUCUGGGAAAACUGUGUUGUUUGAACUGGCUAUCAUCAGGCUACUAAUGGAAAUGCCAGCACCAUGGUUUAAUAUUAAAAUUGUAUACAUGGCACCAAUUAAAGCCCUCUGUAGUCAACGCUAUGAAGACUGGAAAGAAAAAUUUGGGCCUGUAGGAUUAAAUUGCAAAGAACUUACUGGAGAUACAGAAAUGGAUGAUUUCUUUGAGCUCCAGAACUCCCAUAUUAUUUUGACAACACCGGAAAAAUGGGAUAGCAUGACCAGAAAGUGGAGAGAUAAUGCACUAGUUCAGCUGGUACGACUGUUCCUCAUUGAUGAGGUGCAUGUAUUAAAAGAUGAAGGUCGUGGUGCUACUCUUGAAGUUGUUGUCAGUCGAAUGAAGACUGUACAGUCUGUUCUAACUCACAUUUCUGAGGACACUAAAGCAAAAAUCUGUAUGCGGUUUGUUACUGUUUCUGCAACAAUCCCCAACAUUACAGAUAUUGCAGAAUGGCUUUCAGAUGGAUGUGGUCCUGCUACUUGUUUGGAAAUGGAUGAAAGUCAUCGACCUGUGAAACUUCGUAAAGUCGUUCUAGGAUUUCCAUCCAGUAAUAACCAGACUGAAUUCAAGUUUGAUUUAUCCCUUAACUACAAAAUGGCCAGUAUCAUUCAGACCUAUUCAGAACAAAAGCCAACACUUGUGUUUUGUGCCACAAGAAAAGGUGUACAGCAAGCUGCAUCUAUUCUUGCAAAAGAUGCCAAAUUCAUCAUGAGCAUUGAGCAUAAGCAAAGAUUGCUGAAAUAUGCAAAUUCAGUGAGAGACUCUAAACUUAGAGAUAUCUUGCAAUAUGGAGUUGGUUAUCAUCAUGCUGGUAUGGAGCUGUCUGACAGAAAAGUAAUUGAAGCAGCCUUUACUGUAGGAGACUUGCCUGUACUUUUCACAACAAGUACCCUAGCUAUGGGUGUUAAUUUACCAGCCCACCUGGUAGUUAUAAAAUCAACGGUGCACUAUGCAGGAGGCAUGUUUCAGGAAUACAGUGAAACUGACAUUCUACAAAUGAUUGGGCGUGCCGGUAGACCACAAUUUGACUCUACAGCUACAGCAGUUAUCAUGACAAGAUCCCAAACAAAAGAAAAGUAUGUAUUGAUGUUAAAUGGAGCAGAUACCAUUGAGAGCAGCCUGCACAAGCAUCUUGUUGAACACUUGAAUGCUGAAAUUGCUCUACAUACUAUUACAAAUGUAAGUGUUGCUUUGGAAUGGAUGCGUUCAACAUUUCUUUACAUUAGAACUCUGAAGAAUCCAAAUUAUUAUGGUAAUCCACCAAGUAUAAACCGGCGUGGAAUAAAGGCUGAACUAAGAGAAUUGUGUUUAAAGAAUCUGAAUGCACUGUCUUUUAUCGGCUUGAUCAAAAUGGAUGAAGAUGUCAACUUCAAACCAACAGAAACAGGAAAACUAAUGGCUCGAUUUUACAUUGCCUAUGAUACAAUGAAGCAAUUUGCAUUAGCAACUGGAAUGGAGACAUUACCUGAGUUGGUAACAAUGAUAUCAGGUUGCCAGGAGUUUGCAGAUGUACAGCUGAGAGUCAAUGAGAAGAAAAUACUUAAUACACUAAAUAAAGAUAAGAACAGAAUUACUAUCAGGUUUCCAUUGGAUGGAAAGAUAAAAACUACUGGAAUGAAGGUGAACUGUUUAAUUCAGACUCACCUAGGUUGUAUCCCGAUUCAAGAAUUUGGUUUAGUACAAGACACAGCUAAAAUUUUCAGAAAUGGCACAAGAGUUACUAAGUGCUUGGCUGAGUUCUUUCUACAAGAAGAUAAGAAGAAUUUCUCUGCACUGUUAAAUGCUCAAAUUCUGGCUAAGUGUUUUAGAUCUAAGUUAUGGGAGAACUCCCCAUAUGUAUCUAAACAACUUGAUAAAAUCGGAGUUUCCUUAUCUAAUGCAAUGGUUAACGCUGGACUCACAACAUUUAAAAAAAUAGAAGAUACAAAUGCAAGGGAACUUGAAAUGAUUGUCAACAGACAUCCACCAUUUGGGAACCAAAUAAGAGAUGCAGUUGUUCAUCUUCCCAAGUAUGAGCUCAGUGUUGAACAGACUGCAAAAUACAGUGCAACAGUAGCAGAGAUCUUAGUGACUAUAGUUUUAACAAACUAUAGCCAAUUACAAGCCAAAAGAACUGCACCAGACUGUCAUUCUAUAAUGUGCAUCAUAGGAGAUGCUGACAAUAAUGUGGUAUUUAAACAAAAAAUUAUGUAA